GUUCAGGCUCUUGGUGAUGCUCCUUUGUUUACGUCCGUGGAGUCAUAUGGAGGAGGACUUCUGAGGCUGGUGUUUAUGUGCAGAGGCUGACGGAAGGCCGCAGGAGGCUCAAAACUUACCUAUUUCACCCAUUUCCAACGCGCCAUGGCCUCCACAUCCGCCCUUCAGAAAGCGAUAGACCUGGUGACACGGGCGACCGAGGAGGACAAGUCUAAGAACUAUGCCGAGGCGCUGCGGCUGUACGAGUCCGCCGUCGAGUACUUCCUGCACGCCAUGAAGUAUGAGGUGCCGAAUGAGCGCGCCAAGGAGAGCAUUAGGGCCAAGUGUAAACAGUACCUGGACCGCGCCGAGAAGCUGAAGGAGUAUAUAGAGAAGAACAAGGACAAGAAGAAACCGGUGAAGGCGGGUGCGGGGGGCUCGUCGAAGAAGGGCGGCAGCAAGGAUUCCGACUCCGACGACGAGGACCCGACCAAGAAGAAGAUGGAGGCGAAGAUGGAGGGCGCGAUCGUUGCCGAGAAGCCUAAUGUAUCCUGGGAGGACGUGGCGGGCCUGGAGGGGGCGAAGGCGGCCCUGAAGGAGGCGGUCAUUCUGCCCAUCAGGUUCCCGCACAUGUUCACGGGCAAGAGGCAGGCUUGGAGGGGCAUCCUGCUGUUUGGGCCGCCAGGUACAGGUAAGACCUAUCUGGCGAAGGCUGUUGCCACCGAGGCCAACAACUCCACCUUCUUCAGCGUCUCCUCGGCCGAUCUCGUGUCGAAGUGGCUGGGUGAGUCUGAGCAGCACGUCAAGACCCUGUUCUCCAUGGCGCGUGAACACAAGCCCUCCAUCAUCUUCAUUGACGAGGUGGACUCACUCUGUUCCUCCAGGUCCGAGCAGGAGUCCGAGUCCGCCCGGAGAAUCAAAACAGAGUUCCUCGUACAGAUGCAAGGCGUCGGGAAUCAGAACGACAGCGUGUUGGUCCUGGGCGCCACCAACAUUCCGUGGGUGCUGGACUCGGCCAUCAGGAGGCGUUUCGAGAAGAGGAUCUACAUACCCUUGCCCGAGGCCCCGGCGCGCACCAGCAUGUUCAAGCUAAACCUCGGAGACACACCGCACAACCUGACGGACGAGGACUUCAGGAUACUGGGGGCCAAGACUGACGGGUACUCCGGUGCGGACAUCAGCAUCGUGGUGCGCGACGCGUUGAUGCAGCCGGUUCGCAAGGUCCAGACCGCCACACAUUUCAAGUACGUGCGCGGGCCGUCCAGAGCAAACCCCGACGUGCUUGUGGACGACCUGCUCACGCCCUGCUCCCCCGGCGAGGCGGGCGCCAUGGAGAUGAGCUGGGAGCAGGUGCCCAGCGACAGGCUCUACGAACCCGUCGUGUCCAUGCGGGACAUGAUGCGCUCGCUGGCGGACUCCAAGCCGUCCGUCAACGAUGAGGACUUGGAGAAGCUACGCAAAUUCACAGAGGACUUCGGGCAGGAGGGCUAAGUAAGGGAUAGGGCGUGUGUCCGUUACGAUAAUUAUCCUGCACACUGCAUGAAAAUUGUCCUCCAUCUGUCUCAUGGUAAAGCAAGAUUCUCCGGCUCAUGGGUACACACACACACACACACACACACACACACACACACACACACACACACACACACAUCUUUCCUCAUCUCAUUCAUUUCCUUUCCCCUCGUUUUCCUUCCCUUUCCUUAACUUUCCUUCCCUUCCCUUCCCUUCUCUUCCUUUCCUAUCCCUUCCUUUCCCUUCUCUUCCCUUCCCUUCACUUCCUCUUCCUUCCCUUCCCUUCUCUUCCUUCUCUUCCCUUCUCUUCCUUUUCCAUUCCCUUCCCUUCCCUUCACAUUACAGACCCACACUACAACACACACACAAACACACACACACUCCAACACAAGUCUUCACUGUAAAAUAAAUUCAACUCUCGCUGUGCCACACACUCCCGGGGCGGCCUCAUUGUUACUGUUUUGAUUCCACACACACUCACUCUAUUCUAAACUGCCGUGAUCAUGUUUUGUUUAGCAGUGUUGCUAUUCAAGUCAUUACCAUCAUAUCGAGCGAAGAGUGGAAAGGGGUGAAUGUGGAGGCCUGAGGGAUGGAAGGAAGGCGUGGAAGAAAGGUUAAACAUGGGAAGUGGAGUGACGGAACGGCUCGGUAUAUCGUAAUGUAUUGGUAUAUAAGCCUUUCCGCCAAUCCACGCCUUGUAUAUAACCAGGACCAGUUCUGAACACUAUGAAAAUUCCUGAAAAUUCCUUGUUUAGGGUACGGAUUCGUAAUUAAUGACAGUAUAGUACAGAGGAAGGGAUACCAAGGUCACAGUGCUUGCAGAUAUCGUGUCGUCUAUGGGCCUGGGGAUAAGUUAAAUGGUAUAUAUAUGACAAGGGGGAACACCGGACCGGCAUGCUCGGAAGAUCCAUAAAUGUGAUAAUUGGCUCGGUAGAAUUCAUAAACGCAGUAAUUGACAUGCUCGUAAAAUUCAUAAACGCUGUAAUUGGCUUGCUUGGAAGAUUUAUAGAUGCAAUAAUUGGCUUGGUAAAAUUCAUAAACGCAGUAAUUGACUUGCUCGUAAAAUUCAUAAAUGCAAUAAUUGGCUUGGUAAAAUUCAUAAACGCGGUAAUUGACAUGCUCGUAAAAUUCAUAAACGCAAUAAUUGGCUAGGCAAAAUUCAUAAACGCAGGAAUUGGCUCAGUAAAAUUCAUAAACGCAGGCCUUGGCUCGGCAAAAUUCAUAGACGCGAUAAUCAGCUCAGUAAAAUUCAUAAACGAAGUGAUUAGCGUCCGACAUGGUGCUCAGAUGUGGCUUCCUCCUGUUUGGCAUUUGUAUAGACGCUACGAAAUUUGACGACACCACGCCGGAAGUCUCUUUGGUAUCGUAGAUCAUAUAGAAGAAGUAUAAACACUAUGAAAGUCCCUGUAAAGUGUUCGGAUUCUUUGGUAUUUGUAUAGAUGUUACGAAAUUUGACGACACCACGCCGGAAGUCUCUAUGGUAUCGUAGAUCAUAUAGAAGAAGUAUAAACACUAUGAAAGUCCCUGUAAAGUGUUUGGAUUCUUUGGUAUUUGUAUAGAUGUUACGAAAUUUGACAACUCCUCACAGGAAGUCUUUUUCGUAUUGGACGUCACAUAGAAAACGAAGCACUGAUGAAAAUUCCCUGUAUAGUGUUUGAAUUCUUUGACAUUUAUAUAAACGUCAAGAAAUUUGACAAAAAAACACAUAAAAUCACUGUAGUUGCGAAUGUCAAGUUGGAUCUUUGGCAUUUGUAUAGACACUACGAAAUUUGCCGACACCACACAGGAAGUCUUUUUCGUAUCGGAUGUCAUAUCAAAAAGUAUAAACACUACGAACAUCCCUGUAAAGUGUUUCGAUUCUUUGCCAUUUAUAUAAACGUUAAUAAAUUUGACAAAACCACACAAAAAAUCUCUGUAGUUACGAAUGUCAAGUAGAAAAGCGGACCAUUACAGAGAAAAUUACUUGGUUUGGGUGCUAAUAUUGACACUGUUGAAACGUAAAACUGGGCCAUACAACCUUGAACACAUGCGUAGGAAAGUAAAUUAGAUUACAUUAGUUACUGGACAGGGAGUGACAGAGUGCUGGGAAAGGGAAGAGAAGGACAGAGUGAGUAAUUUCUAGUGAAUGUGGUGUCGGAAAUGACAUAGAGGUUGAUUGAAGGGCAUAACACCCACUUAAUAACCAGUCUUGUGUAGGGGGAAGAUUAUUAAGUGGGGUUAAAUUGAUGUUGAAGAGAGCAGAAGAUCCACUUAAUAAUCUGUUGCGUGGAAGGAAAUGGAGAAGCAGGUUGAUAUGGUGUCGGAAAUGCCAUUGAAGUUGAUUGAAGGGCAUAACACCCACUUGAUAACCUGUCUUGUGUAGGGGGAAGAUUAUUAAGUGGGGUUUAAUUGAUGUUGAAAAGAGCAGAACAUCCACUUAAUAAUCUGUCUUGUGGAAGGAAAUGGACAGGCUGGUUGAUAUGGUGUCGGAAAUGCCAUAGAAGUUGAUUGAAGGGCAUAACACCCACUUAAUAACCAGUCUUGUGUAGGGGUAAGAUUAUUAAGUGGGGUUAAAUUGAUGUUGAAAAGAGCAGAACAUCCACUUAAUAAUCUGUUGCGUGGAAGGAAAUGGAGAAGCAGGUUGAUAUGGUGUCGGAAAUGCCAUAGAAGUUGAUUGAAGGGCAUAACACCCGCUUAAUCUGUCUCGUGAAAUGUGGAAGGGUUGGCGUGUCUGCUCGGAGGAAAUCAGAAUUACAUACUUAUUUUUAUUUAUUUGUUUUGUUGUCUGUGUUUUAUAGAGAUAUAUAUAUAUUUUCAGGCGUAUUUCUUCACUGAUUUCAUGCUGAUUUACUAUGUUUUGUUUUCUCUCUGUCUUUAGUGAGGUUGUGCGUGUGUUCGUCUGUCUGUCCGUGCUCGGAGACGCAAAGAAAACACGAUACGCAUACUUCUUAUAAUUCAUUUACUUAUAAUUCAUUUGUAGGCAUCGUAACGUUUAUACCAUUAAGUAGCAGUGCAAAAAAUAAACAAGAGAAAGUUGUUAUCUAUAAUAAAGCCGUAAGAUGUU